ACAGACGUUUUGCUGCAGACAUAAAAUAGCGUCUAGCGGUCUAUGGUUAUAUAGUCAAAGUUAUAACCUAAAAGUAAAUCUAGUAUUGUAUAGUUUAAUCACAAAAACACACAACUGGACGCUAUAAAAAAUGAAUUUAGAACUGUUAGAGUCAUUUGGGCAAAAUUAUCCAGAGGAAUUUGAUGGUACAUUAGAUUGUAUAUCUCUUGCUGUUACUUGUACAUUUAAUAAAAGGGGAACAUUACUUGCUGUUGGAUGCAAUGAUGGGAGACUUGUGAUUUGGGAUUUUUUGACUCGUGGUAUAGCCAAGAUUAUCAGUGCUCAUGUGCAUCCUGUAUGUUCAUUGAGUUGGUCAAGAAAUGGUCAUAAGUUACUAAGUGCUUCUACAGACAAUAAUGUAUGUAUUUGGGAUGUCCUGUCUGGAGAAUGUGAUCAAAAAUAUCGAUUUCCUUCUCCAAUAUUGAAGGUACAGUUUCAUCCCAGAAAUCUCAAUAAAUUUUUGGUAUGUCCCAUGCGUCAUGCUGCUGUUAUGGUUGAUGUUGAAGGCACACACAGAGUUAUACCAUUAGAUGAAGAUAGCGAUUUAAACAUAGUAGCAUCAUUUGACCGACGUGGAGAUUAUGUAUAUACAGGGAAUGCUCGUGGUAGAGUUCUAGUUCUUGAUGCUGAGACAUUAACUGUAAAAGCUUCUUAUAAAAUUUCACAAGGUACUGCUAGUAAUACAGCAGUAAAGAGCAUAGAAUUUGCACGACGAGGCUCCUGUUUCUUGGUUAACACGUCUGAUAGAGUAAUACGUGUAUAUGAUAGUACUGAAAUAUUAGCCUGUGGCAAAGAUGGCGAACCUGAGCCAAUUCAGAAGCUGCAAGAUCUUGUAAAUAAAACAAUGUGGAAAAAAUGUUGUUUCUCUGGUGAUGGAGAAUAUGUCUGUGCUGGAUCAGCAAGGCAACAUGCAUUGUAUGUGUGGGAGAAAAGUAUUGGAAACUUGGUGAAAAUCUUACAUGGAACCAAGGGCGAACUUUUACUCGAUGUUGUGUGGCAUCCAGUAAGACCGAUAAUUGCAUCCAUAUCAUCAGGUGUGGUUUCUAUUUGGGCACAAAAUCAAGUGGAAAAUUGGUCAGCAUUUGCACCAGAUUUUAAGGAACUGGAUGAGAAUGUCGAAUAUGAGGAAAGAGAGAGCGAAUUUGAUUUGAGCGACGAAGAUAAGUCUGUGGUACAGGGAGAGGAGGCUCAGGAUGAAGAAAUAGAGGUUGAUGUCGCAUCAAUUGAUAGAGUUGCCGCAUUUUGCAGCUCGGACGAAGAAACUGAAGAUAUCGGUUCUCUUCAAUUCUUACCCAUAUCUCCAGAUGUAGAAGAUUCUGAAGAUAACCAAGUAACACCGCAUGAACCACCUCUGAAGAAACAUCGUUCGCACGAUAUACAUUUACAGGGAGCACCAAUCGAUGAAACUCAUCCCUUGUUAAAUAAAGGAAAGGAUAAACCAACCACGAAAAAAGGAAGACCGAGAUUGGAACACAGAAAGGGUAAAUGAUUUAAUAACAUAAAAUAAUUGGUAUAUAAUUAUAAUGAAAUAUAUUUAUUAUUUAUAUAAAAUGACGAAAAGUUGCAAGACUGUAAUUUUAUAUGACUAUAAGAUUGUAUAACAAAUGUAAAAUUGGCUAAAACUGAAAAUAAUUAUAUGCGAUAUUAUCUUUCAUAAGAUAUGUCUCUACAAAAAACUUUAAAUAUUUUUAUUGAGGGAAAAACAAAUUGUGCUAUUGUCAAGAUAAUUAUUAUUAUGUAUAUAAUAUAUAAUAUUCUCCAUUUUUUAAAUAAAAAAUUUUAAAGUACAUUGCUA